AUGCUCGUCCUCUCGUGUCACAAACUCAACUACAUUCAUUGUGUUUCAGCUCGUCGCCUCAAUCGACCUUCCUUCGUCACGCUGCCUCCAAUUUUCGCUGAACCCCUCGCCGACAACUACGCCGGCGCUCUGGCAAGCGCUCAGUUCGAUAAUUAUCGGGCUCUUCUUGGCUUGGGGUCGGAAUUGCAGUUGGCGUUGGGAGGGCCAAGCGAUCUGUUAAACUUGCCUCAAUCAUUCGGCACCCUGUUCCUUGGUGAGACAUUCUCGUGCCACAUCAAUCUUCACAAUGAAAGCCAAUUUGAAUGCAAAAACGUCGUUCUCAAGGUGGCUAUUCAGGGGAGGAACGAGUAUGUUCCCCUGCAGCCGCAUGGCAUCAGUGCCGGACAGCUGCCGUCCGCGGCCGACAUGGGCAGUGGAGGUGGCGGCGGCGGCGGCGUUGGGUGCACCCUUGGACCGAACGAGAAUCUCAACGUCAUUUUCCAACACGAAAUGAAGGACCUGGGCGCAAACACCUUGGUGUGCUCGGUUUCCUACACAGUUCAAACACAGUCCCCCCUGCCUUCCCUUCCCCUAGCCUUCCCAGCCCGACCUCCACCUAGUAGUGAGUUGAUUGGUCCGUAUUCAUGCUUUAUUUUGGCUUCAUUCUCUCCAUCUGGUUGGACACAUAAUUUCAGCUUUGACGUAACGAAAUCUGAUUCGCAAGCUGAACGAGACGGUGGUCUGCGGCGCUUCACAGGAAAAGUGCUUCUUACUGGCCAUAAAUUUGGGCUAUACCUUGUCUAUUAUAUUCAUUUUUUGGUCAAUGAUUUCCCCUUUCCAUCUUUGAUUUUGCCUACCUCGAAGACUUCAGAUGUUUACGUGGAAGCCCAAAUAGAAAACCUGAUGCCGUACGCCAUAAUGAUGGAAAGAAUAUCUUGGGAGGUCGGGCCACACAUAAAGGUGACCGAUAUGAACACCCUCACUGACUGGACGAGGUGCGUAAUCCGCUUUCUAUUUCGUUUUAGAAGCAAACCCAACCACGUUAGAGGCUCGAACAUUCAAAAUGUCUUCAUGGCCCCAAGGGAUGUCUGGCGUCUGCUUUACAGGACACAACCACCAAUCCAGGGCGUCCCAGGAGAUCUCAAACUUGGCAACCUUGACAUCACCUGGCGUUCUGCCAUGGGGGAGAGAGGCCAUCUUCAAACCUUCCCUUGCCCGUUUAAUGGAAUAAACUGGCAUACGCUUGACAUCGAUGUAAAUACUUGCCUAAUUUGUGUCUCAACGUGUGUUCGCCCUUUUCUACUCCUUUUUUGUAACAGCAACCGUUCGUUAGAUCUUCUUCUGUGUCGACCUGAUUCGUCGGCAUCUGAAAUAGACGAGGAACCUCCUUUGGCCGACCAAUCCGCCCCCGCCUUCAUUUGGACUGGAGUUACCCACAGGCGCCUUGAGAGUUUAGAACCUAAUGCCGCAGUCAAACUCGUUCUCGAAUUUGUGCCCAUCAUGAUCGGAUUACAGGUGCGACCUGUUUGUCCAACUGAUAUUUCCCCAGUUCCACUUUUAUUUAUCACCCCACUCUCUCCUACCUCGUCUCCGACCUCUUAUUGCCUACCUCAUUGA